UUUAUUUUAAUAUUGACAAUCAGAUGUUACUUUUCCUGACGAAUCGUAAAUUUUAUACGUACAUAUUUUCUGCUAUUUUGCUGCUGCUGAAAUAUUAUUGUGAAAAUUGUAUAUUAAUUAAUAAAUAUCAAAGCAGCAGUACAACUGAGAUAACAGAAAAAGAAAAAACAAAUUGACACAAAACUGACACCGUCAGCUACCGCAGACGUCUGUUGUAGCCAUAAAUAACAAAAGCAAACAAUGGGUCAUCAGACAAAAUACAAAUUUUUAAUCCUUCUAACGCUACUCAUUGCAUUGGUGGCGGGCAGAAAACAUCAUCUAGAAGUGCGCCAUGAUGUGCGGCCAUAUAUCGCUUUGAGUACCUUCGGUUUCUAUAUUGGUGGACAUUUGGAUGUGCAAUUGAGUAAAUUGCAUAUCGAAGAUGAGAAUGAAGAAGAUUUGUAUGGACUUACGCUAGAUAAAACGACAAUCGAUCAAUUAAAUCCCUAUUUGGACUCGCAUCAAAACAAAUGUAUACUAGAAGAGCCUUCGGAAAUGCAACGUAGUGGGCCCAUCUUAAUAUUUUUGUUUGAUCUGAAAAAUCUGCUUGUAAGAGUAAAAUGUUCGCCAGAGUGGAAGAAUCAACAUAUUGUACGCAAUCAUGAUGAGCUGCCCAUGUACCGUGGCAAACGUUACUCUAAACUUAGUGAUUCAACAAUCUUCCUGCAACGCCGUAGACGUAGUGAUGAUGCCGCCGCCAUGGGUGAAGAAAACGAUAUACCAUUGGACGAGCACGAAGUAGUUGAUGACGAUGAUUUGGUUGAAGUGCCACAAACUGCUAAGCCAUCAUCACCAUUGCCACCUGUUAACCCACCCGCACCGAAUAAGGCGCCAGCGGUUGCAGUGCCAUCAGUUGCUGCAGCAAAAAUGCCAUUAGUAGCGGUUGAUAAGAAGGCACCAUUAUCUGUUGCACCAGCCGAUAAUCCUUUCCCACAUGAGCCUGAAAAAGAUGAAAAUCCCUUACCACAUGAACCAGAAAAAGCCGAUAAAGCUGCACCGGCGCUUAUGUCCACCCAAAUUAAUUUCUUCGAGAAUGCGCAGUAUGAGAUUUGCCGAAACUAUACAAUGCCAUUGACAAAGAAAGUAAUUGAUGGCAAGGUGUAUUAUAACAUGUCGUUCUCCAUGCUUGUGGCUGCAUUGCAUGAUGAGGGUCUCUACAAUCUGCAUUUCCACGCCUGUCCCAACUAUAGAACACUGAAAGAGCUUUCUUUUGAUGUCGACAUUGAAGAGAAAAAUGAGAAUAAUUUCCUCUCCGCUGGUGAAAUGCCGCUUCCGGCGCUAUAUUCAAUGAUGAGUGUACUAUUUUGCUUAUCUGGCUUCUUCUGGAUAUUCAUUUUGAAGAAGAGCAAACAUACCGCACACAAGCUACACUAUAUAAUGGCUUUAUUGGUAUUCCUUAAAUCGCUGUCGCUCAUGUUCCAUGCCAUUAAUUAUCAUUUUAUUGAAAUACGUGGUGAACACGUUGAAGCCUGGGCGAUUUUGUACUAUAUUACACAUUUGCUGAAAGGUUCCGUUUUAUUCAUCACAAUCGUGCUCAUGGGCACCGGCUGGACUUUCAUUAAGCCCAUACUGUCUGAUAAGGAUAAAAAAAUCUUCAUGAUUGUCAUACCGCUGCAGGUGCUCGCUAACGUCGCCGAAAUCAUAAUUGACGAGUCCGAGGAGAGUGACAUUGAGUUCCGCACUUGGCGCAAUAUUUUCAUCUUUGUCGAUCUGCUCUGCUGCGGUGCCAUACUCUUCCCGAUUGUCUGGUCCAUACGUCAUUUGCAUGAGGCCUCAGCCACCGAUGGCAAAGCAGCCAUUAAUUUGCGCAAACUCAAGCUUUUCCGCCAGUUCUAUAUCAUGAUAGUCUGUUACAUUUACUUCACACGCAUCAUUGUGUAUCUGCUGAAGAUGACCGUGGCAUUCCAGUAUGCUUGGCUGGAUGAGAUGUUCCACGAGAUGGCCACAUAUGUUUUCUUCGUGCUGACUGCAUAUAAAUUCCGUCCCACUUCAUCGCAUCCAUACUUCUCGGUGCGCGACAUGGACGAUGACGAAGUGGAAGUACUUACAGAAUCUGGACUCACCGAAGGUUUACAUCGCACGAAGGCGCUUAACCGCACUGUCUUACCGCCGGCUGGCUCUACACUACUUAAAAGCACAUCUGAAGAACGUGAGAAUUUGAUAACGAAACGUGAAUCGAGUCAUGAGUACGAUUAAAGAGUAGAGUGUAGAAAGCAGUGUUCAUGCUAGCUGAAGUGUGAGCAAUGUGGGAAGUAACUGUGCAUUUUUUUGUUUGAACACGAAGUCUAUGCGUUGGUUGUACAUAUGUAUACAGUCGUAUGUUGCCAGUAUCAGUUUUUAUAUACAUUCUAAUUUCCUUUUCUUUUGUUUGCUGAUUUUGGGUUUUUCGUGAAAAUAAUGCAUAGACAACUUAUACAUAUAACACAUUGGCAGUAUGUUCCAGCACACUGCCCAACUAUUAUGAUACUAAAUAUUAUUUUAGAUAAUUUUUAUAACUGAUUUAUGGAGAAUGCAAUUAAGCAAUAAACUAGAUAUACAUACAUAUAUAUUUCAGAAUCA